AACUCCUCUGUUGUUGCAGAGGUCUGCAUGGACAUGUGGAACAUGGAGUCUGAUUUUUAAGCUGCAAAAUCCUUCAGGUCGAUCCUCACGUCCCUUACUAGGAUUGAUUCAGACACUGAAGGUGAUUACUCGUCUUACUGUCAUGGCGGAUUUCCCUCCAUGAGUGCUUAGAUUCUCGUGGGGAGUCGAGCUUUUUGAAAUCUGAGCUCUGUGGUGGAGUUGGGUAUAAGAGAUUUUGGUGCGAGGUGGAGUUGUCGCCAUUUCCUAGCCUCCGGUGAUGGUGAACUCCCAAAGAGAGAAAAAGUCUUUAGGGAAUGUCGGGAAGAAACGCGGAGAAUGUGGUUGGUUUGCAGAAGGGAUCCAAAAGAAAGGGAAGGAGGCGGUGGGAAUGUGCUUCUUUAAGAUUAUGAUCGGGGAUUUUGCUUCCAAAUUAUGCAUUCCUCCAGCCAUGGCAAAGCACAUCAAGAUCUACAGAUUUGCCAACGCCACCAUAAAAAGCCACACUGGUAGCCCCUGGCCUGUGAAACUGUACAGAUGUAACAGUGCUGUCUUCAUUGGCAAUGGUUGGCCAGCAUUUGUUGCAUGUCAUUCCCUACAAUUUGGAGACUUUCUAAUGUUCAGAUACAACGAUUACUUGGAUUUUGAUGUCAAGAUAUUUGAUAGGAGUGGAUGUGAAAGAGCACCUGCAUAUCUUCACAAGAACGUCAGGAUAGGCAAGAAGGAACAUGAAGAACAUUAUGAUCCACGUGGAGAUCCUUCAAAUGGCCUUCGUGUUUGGAGAGGAACUCAGAGCGAAAUUGUGAAUCAUCAAGAGGUACCUUGUCAUUCUGAUAAACUUGCGACAAUGGGAUCAUAUUGUUAUGCUUCAAAAAGACAACCUGUGAUUCAGAAAGAAAGAGACAGAGCACUUAGCGCUGCCGCAUCAUUGAAGCUAAGUCGGCCUCAUUUUCUUUCUAAGAUGGUUCGGACAAAUGUCUAUGAGAUUUUUGCAUUGUCAUAGUCAACUUACCUGGCCCUAUUAAGUACAAGAUGUUGGUAUGCACAUGUACGUGAAUUUACAUUGGCUGCCAAAUGGGAGCUUUUCUGAUUCA